CUUCAGGCUGGGCUGGCAUACGGCUAGAAGCAAGUGUGAGCACGCAUCACGAACUGUCUAUAAACUUCCUUUCAGCCCAGCCCUCAUCCAGCGUUCUCGUCACCAAUAGCAAAAUGGCCCUUAACUUGACCAUGCAGGCCGUCGUGUACAGCGGUACACCGUACAACGUGUCUGUUAUGAAUGUGCCUCGACCCACGAUCAUCAAUGGUACGGAUGCUGUUGUCCGUAUUACAACUUCGGCCAUCUGCGGCUCUGACCUCCACAUGUACCAUGGGGUUCAAGGUGGAACACCACCAUGGGUGAUGGGACACGAGGCACUUGGAUGGAUCUCCGAGGUUGGCGAUGCCGUGUCUUCACUAAGUGUUGGCGACUAUGUGGUGAUCCCCGACAACAUUGCAACUGGCCAUUUGGACAUGCAUCCUCCUGCCAUGGACUCUUUCGGUACUGGAGCCGAGCUGGGUGGACUCCAAGCUGAAUAUGCACGCGUACCCUUUGCCGCCGACUCUCUGAUCCCCAUUCCCUUGACUGCCAACACGACCAAUUCCACCAUCGAACAAGACUACAUGACCGUGUCGGAUAUCUUUGCCACUGGCUGGUCUGCCAUCACCUACUCCGGGUUCGAGCCAGGGGACUCGGUCGCAGUAUUCGGGGCUGGCCCUGUUGGUCUUUUGGCUGCAUACUCCGCUAUACUCCGUGGCGCAUCGCGUGUUUAUUCUAUCGACCGUGUUCCCAUGCGCUUGGAACGCGCUGAGUCAAUCGGAGCGAUUCCCAUCAAUUUUGCCGAAACAGACCCAGUCGCACAGAUCCUCUCCCUCGAGCCCGAUGGGGUCACCAGAGCCGUGGACUGCGUGGGAAUGGAGGCCGUCAACAGAACGGGAGAUAUCGAUGAGAAUAUUGUACUGGAAAAUAUGGUCGGCGUCGCCGCAUCACAGGGCGGGCUGGGCCAAGUUGGCGUCUACAUGGCUCAAGCUAGUUCUCCUGGUGCACCGCUGGGAGAUACUCUCUCCCCAAAUGUCUCGUUUCCCAUCACGGAGUUCUUUGGCAAGCAUCUGCGAUAUGAAGCGGGGGUUGUGGAUCCCAAGGUCGUAGCUCCUGAGCUGGUGCAGUUGAUUGCUUCUGGUGUCGCAAGCCCUAGUUUUAUCACGAGCGAGGCCAUCAGGAUCGAGGACGCGCCCAGAUAUUAUCAGCGGUUUGACCGUCAUCAGGAGCUCAAGGUGUAUAUACAAUUUCCUUAGAUUAGGGUUGGACGUGCGAUGCCGCAAUGUAUGUCAGCUCUACAGCACUCCAAUAUAAGUUUGCACCUCUCCAAGUAUAUGUUGCCUCCUACAAGGUGUGCUGUUGGCGAGAACUGCAUAACAUUAU